CGGUUCUUAACACAUAAAUGAAAAAAAAAAAAAUACCAAAGAAAAUAAAAUACUUUGUAAAAGAAAUUUUUGUUUUAAAGAUACAAAAUGUAAAAAGACUCUAUAUGCAUAGACAUAAGACUCUGUAUAUGUUUAAAUAAAAAAUUUUUAAAAAGUUUUAAAACUAUUUAAAGGACUUUAUAUUUUAAAGUUAUUGCAAAAUUUAAAAAUAACUGUGAGUGUUUGUUGGCCAACGAAUAUAGUUUAUUUUGGAAAUUCCCAAAUCGGAAAAUCAAAAUGAUAGAAGAACAUCAUCCCAUACCAAUGGGCAUGUUUCCUUUAGAUAUUAAACCAUGUCAGGCAACAGUAACACAACAACACAUCUUGCUACAUCAUCACCAACAUCAACAGCAGCAGCAUCAAAAUACACACAACAACUCUUUAAUGGCCAUGAACGGAAAUGAAAGAAUGUUAACAACAUCUACAGCAAAUACUUCCGCCUCAAACAAUAAUAACAACAACAACACAGUUACAAGUGCUACUAGCAACAGUGUCACGAACAAGAGCACCUCUUCACCAAUUACGCCUCAACAAACGACAACGGCAAAUUCCACUCAAUUGUCUGCAACACAAGUCAAUGGUAGUCAAUGUCUCUCCUCAACUAAUGGUCAUGGUAAUAGUAAUGGCAGCAGUAGUUGUGGUGGUGCCUCUAAUGUCAGUAACAACAGUAACAGCAGCCAUGGCAGCAGUCAGGAAGCUCUUAAUGACAAUAUGACAAACAACAGUAAUACAACAACAAUGCCAACAAGUACAUCAAAUAAUGGACAACAGCAACAGUCAUUGACAGGAACGACACUUGUCAACGGAAGUUGUAACAACCACAAUAGCAACUGUAGUCAAACAACUACAAACAACAAUAGUAAUACAGCAAGUGAUAACAAAUCAUCAACAAAUCCUUGUGGACCAGGGCCACCAUCAUUGCAACAACAACAUCAACUUCAAUUGUCUUUACAUCAACAACACCAACAAGCCUUAAAUAUUUUACAAUGUUCAGCCAACCGUUUGACAUUAACCGAAUGCAAUUUAAACAGUAACAACAUUAACAACAAUAACAACAGCAAUAGCAAUAACAUAAACAAUUGCCACAAUAAUAGUAACAAUAACAAUGCAAUUGAAACAGCUUUAGCUUUACAGCAGCACUUGUUACAGCAGCAAUUGAAUUCAGCAGCAGCCUGUUCUCACACACAUCAACAUCCCCAUUCUCAUUCUCAUCUUCAUUCGCAUCCUUCCACACACAUCAUUGAUUCACUGUGUCCGUUGUCGGCUUCAGCUUUGUCAUCGUUGCCAUUGUCAUUGUCUUCGAAUGCCUGCUCAACACCAUCGUCCAUGUCGAACACCUCAAUGUCCUCAUCGCUCGCCUGCGGUUAUUGUUGCCAACCAAUUUGUGAUCGUUAUAUAAUGCGUGUCGUUGACACUUCAUUCCACGAGAGCUGCCUUAAGUGUGCAACAUGUUCGUUGCAUUUGGUGCAUUCCUGUUUCGCCCGCGAUGGUAAACUCUAUUGUCGCAUCGACUACGAAAGACUUUUUUUGCGAAAUCGUUGCCUUGGUUGCGGUCAUAAAAUUGCUGCUGAUGAGCUGGUGAUGAGGACACUUGAAAAUGUUUUCCAUUUGAAAUGUUUUGCGUGUGUUGUAUGCGGUGCCAUACUCAAGAAGGGCGAACAGUAUGUUGUAAAGCAGGGCCAAUUGUUUUGUCGUUUCGAUUACGAGAAAGAAGUGGAAAUGUUGCAAGGAUACGAUUUCUAUGGCGAUGAUUUGUUUGCGCCAAAGCUGGAUGGUCGUAGAGGGCCCAAGAGACCGCGUACAAUAUUAAACACACAACAGAGAAGAGCUUUCAAGGCAUCAUUUGAAGUAUCGCCUAAACCUUGUCGUAAAGUCAGAGAAAAUCUAGCCAAGGAAACAGGCUUAAGUCUAAGAAUUGUACAGGUUUGGUUUCAAAAUCAAAGAGCCAAAGUGAAGAAAAUACAAAAGAAAGCCAAACAAGAAGGUCACACUAAAGGCAAUAGCGAUUCCCAGGAUUCACAAGAGUCCGACAACAGCAACAUGACAAAGAUAAAAGAUGAGGCACAGAGUGAUAAUGAAUCUUUAAUGGAUUCACCAUUUGCCACAGCAAAUACAGCGGAUACCAUGGCCAAACUAAGGAAUUGCAUUAAAGAUGAAAAUGAAAAUGCUCCGUUUAAUUGUAUAGAAACUAAUAAAGAAAACUGCAAUAAAACCAAUGAACCCAUUUUGAAUACCAUCUUGGGUCUCAGCUAUUCCACAUUCCAACAAUUAAUGGGGCCUUUUUCACAAACUCCCAUGAUCAAUCCCAUUGAUCGUUUGUACAGUAUGCAAAAUUCCUAUUUUCGACCUGAAGAAUUGGCCUAUAGUGAUGCUGGUAGCGGAGGUGGUGGUGGAGUUGGUAUGAGUAGUUUAGUGAAUAAAGAUAUUAAUGAUAAUUAA